UUGCCAUAACAGUUCAUGCUGCUAAGAAUUGUCGCUCAGCAACGCGCGGUAUAUGUAUAAGUUUGCUAAAUGUUAUUAUGAACGUAUGGCCCUCUCCUUUAUCUUUUCUUCUUUAAAGAAGACAUUUAUAUAGGCACGUAUUCCGCCAAACAACCAAAUUCCUUCGGCCCUGGGUUUGGUUUCUCUUUUUUAUUUUUCAGGCCUUGAUUCAAGGGUUGUCAAUGGCGGGUUAUUUGAAAUUUUGAAGAAAUAAAGCAACCUGGUUCUUCUCUCAACAAAAUCUUUUUCUGGGUUUUCCAGAAUGGAAAUACUGAGAGCUUCAUACGGCGACGCAUCAUCUGAUUCAGACUCUGAUUCCUCUUCUCCACCAACAACGAAAUCAGUCCCUCCUGUUUCAAACCCAAAAGCAGAGGCCAUAGCUUUACCACCUCCUCCUCUCGCACUUCUCACUCCUCCUAAUCCUCUCGGUGCAUUGGAUUCCAUGCUAGAUGGUCAGUCCAGUCGAAUUAGAAGCUUCCCUCAUGUUCAAGGCAACUAUGCUUUGCACGUCUACAUUCCAGUUAAUAUACCACCUGCGUUGAAGAAGGAAGUGGUUCAGUUCUUGAACAGGAUAUCAUUAGUUGUGCCUGGUCUUCAUGUUGUUGAUGCCGAUGUUCCUCUUGAUAUUUUAUGUAAAGAUGAUCACAAGCUUGAACAAGUUGCAUUAGGUAGAGAGUUCCAUAUUAGCUUAGGAAGAACUGUGCCGAUUCGAGUUCACCAGAUUGAUUCAGUCGUUGCUAUGCUUCGGCAGAAGCUUCAGUUUCAAAAAGGAUAUUGGAUUGACUUUAAUAAGUGGGAAGUUUUUGUUAAUGAUGACAAGACACGCACCUUUCUUUCACUAGAAGUUUUAACUGGAGGAUUAGCUGAGAUUACCAAGCAAAUUCAGUCUGUUAAUGAUGUGUAUAAGCUCCACAAUCUUCCUGAAUUUUAUAAGGAUCCACGCCCUCAUAUAUCGUUGGCUUGGGCAUUGGGGGAUGUUAGCGAUGUCUUAAAGAGAGAAGUUGUAAACGAAAUGAAGAGGUCAAGUGCUGGGGGAUCAAUAUUGAAACGUGUAUUUAGUUGUAAAUUCAGCGGGAUUGAGUGCAGAAUUGGUAAGAAAACUUACAAAAUUUCAAAAUUUCUUGAUGAAAAAUAAGGCUUUUAAACCAUGUAAUAUCCGUGUUUCGAUUGAAGCUGUAUCUUGUGUUGAUCAAUUAAGUGCAUAUCAAGAAUUAUCUGAUCUCAUAUUGUUUGUUUAUGUAAUGAAGGAUGAUGAAUGGAGAAAGCAUCUUAUUGAAAGUAA